AUGACAUUGGCUACCCGUCAUGCCGACUUCACCCGUCAUGACAGUUUCUGGAAGGACAACGACAUGUGGCUCGACGAGUUCCGAGACUGGCCAAUGGAUUGGCCAAAGCCAAGAGACUUCUUCAACCGUUUUUCCCGUGACGUGGAUAGCUGGUGGAAGGAUUGGCCAACCGAUUGGCCUCGCAUGGACGCGGUCAUGCCAAGAUUCUCUACCCAACUCGACCGUGUGGAUCGUAACUGGAGAACCGAUCCAUAUUGGAUGAAUCUCUAUCCAAGAUGGGCAGAGCCAAUUUUCAAGGAGGGAAUCGAUGUGAACUCAAAUGUGGUUAAUGACGAACGCAAGUUUGCCGUUGACAUGGAUUGUUAUCAAUUCCGUCCUGAAGAGAUUCAAGUGAAAACUUUGGAUGACACACUGAUGAUUGAGGGGAAGCACGAGGAUAUCCGUGAUCGGGAUAACUUCACCAAGAUGUACUUUGUCCGAAAGUACCAACUUCCAAGAGAUGUUGACUACAACUCUAUCCAAAGCAGCAUUGAUGCUAAAGGACGUCUUCAAGUUGAAGCCAGCAAGUUCAAUAACAUGGCCAUCAAUGGUCGUGAGCGUCUGAUCCCAAUUGAGGGAGCUGGAAGAGCAUCUCCGAGAUAUGACAGUGGAACUCUCCGUUCCCAGGGUGGGCCAAAUUCUCCAAUCCAUGUGCAAACCGAACAAGAUGGGAGAAGCCACUCGAGCCGUAGUGGAUCCCGCUUGAAUGAUAGCCCAGGAUCUAGAGAUGUUUACUCGUCUCAUUCUUAUAGCUAUCAUCGUAGUGAUUCUCGCAAUCGUCUUUCUCCACAUGAUGUAAACACCACUAGAACCGACAACAAUCGCACCUAUAGUCCAGUUGCUUCUCGUGUUACCACCAGUGGCGCCUACAACACCGCUGGAAAUGCCAAUCUUCAUGAAGAGCGAUCAAGCUCUCGUGCUCAAUCUCACCGCUCAGAGAGUCGCAAUGGAGGAUACCGCGUCGAGUCUCCAGUCAGCACUACCACUGGAAUCCUUCGCAACGGAAACUCCGACUCUCCAAACUCGACUCAACGCGAGUACCGCUCCAUUCAAAUUCUCCGCAAAACGUAUUAA